GUAUGUCUUCAUUUUCCUAGUCUGUGCUAACAACUUCGAAUGAGAAUACAUCGAAAAUGCUUAUUUGAAAUUACUUGAAGAAAGAAUAAUAGUUAUUGUGUAUAAAAUUCGUACAUAAUUCGCAUUAAAAUAAUAACGUGAAAAAUGUUUAACUCGUUUUUUCGCAAUUGGCUCGGAAGUGAAGAUCCACCAACAAAGGUCAUCGAAGUACGACCGGAUAAUUAUGUAUCUAGACCAAUAUAUUUCAGAGAUGAUUCAAUGUUAUUAUAUGGUCCAAAGAUCCCCAAUGAUGGGAAAAAUUCUAAAGAUAAAUUCUAUGAAAUUGUCUUACAUAAACCCUUUACAGAAAGCUUGCAUCAGAUGUACAGCUUAUUUCGAUCAGAAAGUCGUGAAAUUUCUGAAGAAAGAUUUAUUACAUUCAAAGACAGAAUACCAGUUUAUGUUAAAAUAACUAAGGAGUGUACAGUCCCAAGUCUUCAAAAGCUUUGUGACAUUCUCAGCGAGCAUAAGUCUUGGACUGUGGCACACAUUGUUGCACAUUUUGGCCAGUAUGAACUUCUUAAUGAACCAGAUGUUCAGAGAUACAUUAAUGAAGUUGACCCUGGUACAGGAGCCUCUGCACUUAUGGUGGCUAUUAGAACAGGUAAUGUACGAAUGGUACAGAGCCUUAUAUCAAUGCAUUCAUCUUUGGAUGUAAUUGAUCACGACCACAACUCUGUAUUUCAUUAUGCCGCUGCAAGUAACAAGGAAGUUAUUAAUGCCCUUGCCAGCAAAACAUCGAACUUCCUAAACUUAUUCAACAAGCAAGGGUACACACCACUACACAUGGCCUGUCUGGCAGACGCUCCUGACUGCGUACGGGCCUUGUUAAUGGCUGGAGCAGAUGUAAAUCUAACAGCCGCCAAACGGACUGCUAGCAAUACACAGGCUAUACCAGGUGUAGUCGGCGAUGUCGUCCAAAACAAUCGGUCCAAACUAUACGAAGAAGACAUGAAGCGUGGUGGAACUCCCCUCCAUUGGGCGAUUUCCCGCGAAGUGAUUGAUGCUCUAGUCGACAAGAACUGUGAUUUCAAUGCUGUGAACUUUGACGGAAGAACCGCCCUUCAUAUUAUGGUGUUGAGGGGGAGGUUGGAAUGUGCUGUGGCUUUGCUCUCUAGAGGAGUAGAACAUUCUACAGGAGACAAUGAGGGCAACACCCCUCUGCAUUUAGCAGUUAAACAGACAAACAUAUGCAUAGUGCAGGCUCUAGUUGUGUUUGGAGCUAAUUUGGAAGCGAAAAACAACGCUGGUUUUACCGCAAGACAUUUGGUACCAACUGAAAUGGCGAAUAGCGAUUAUGAUAGGAUUCUAUACGUUUUGCACUCCGUUGGGGCAGAGAGAUGCACCUCGGACAUCUCUGGUUGUCGUCCAUCAUGUUCCUCCAGAGGGGAGUAUAAUGGCGUCCCACCACCACCGAUAGCAAGGUCUUCCACUCGCGAUAUGGUCUGCAGUAUGCUUACCGCUUCUACCAUGGACAAAGCGGCAACCCUGGGGUCACUGAAGAAUGAAGGACGCUUACUCUGCCUAGAUGGGGGCGGAAUACGAGGUUUAGUGCUAGUCCAAAUCCUACUAAACCUUGAAGCAGCUAUAGGCAAACCGAUAAUACACUGCUUCGACUGGGUAGCUGGAACCAGUACUGGUGGGAUUCUGGCAUUGGCCCUGGCCACUGGGAAGACGUUGAGAGAAUGUCAGAUGCUAUACUUUAGGAUGAAGGAAUUCGCAUUUGUGGGCAUGAGGCCGUACCCUUCUGAGGUGCUUGAGAAUAUUUUGAAGGAGUGUUUGGGUACGGAGACAGUUAUGGCGGAUAUCGAAAAUCCGAAACUGAUGAUCCUGGCCGUCUUGGCGGACAGGAAGCCAGUCGACUUGCACAUCUUCAGAAAUUACCAGUCCGCUGAAAAUAUUCUGUGCGAAUAUAAUGGAACUAUGAGUCCGAAGGCAGAGGCUAGUGACCGUUCGUCAGUGGAAAUCCUAGCGGAGCCUCCGUCCCCCGCGGAACAACUCGUGUGGCAGGCGGCUAGGGCUUCAGGGGCUGCGCCUUCCUAUUUUCGGGCUUCAGGCAGGUAUUUAGACGGUGGUCUAAUGGGGAAUAACCCAACGUUAGACGCACUGACUGAGUUAGCGGAAGUAAGACUGGCGUUGGAAGCCACAGGCCAGUAUGAAGCUGCUAAGAAAACUCAUCUCAAAGUCGUCGUUUCUUGUGGAACUGGUAUGAUUCCGGUAACAAAAUUGAAAGAUAUAGAUGUUUUUAAGCCGGAGAGCAUUUGGGACACCGCCAGACUUGCCCUGGGGUUAUCCUCCAUUGGGAAGCUUUUAGUUGAUCAGGCGACGCAAUCCGACGGACGUAUCGUUGAACGUGCGCGUGCGUGGUGCCACUCACUGGGCGUGCCCUAUUACCGAUUCUCGCCACAAAUGUCACGCGACCAUGCGAUGGACGAACGAUCUGACGAGCACUUGGUGACCAUGCUUUGGGAAGCGCAUGCUUAUAUGAGGGACCACAGGGAUAGAGUUGUAGAACUGGCUGCUAUGCUGUCUGACACGGAUGUUAAAUAAUAAUAAUUUGUUAGCACAAUUAGGUGAAUAUAGUAUAAUAUAUAAAAAAUAUUAUGUUAUCGGAUGUAAACGUUAUAUCAAUGUUUCAAUUCAUAACUGACUCGGGUUUAUUGUCAGCAUGGUUUACAAAUAUCAUGCCAACUACUGUCAGCUGUCACCUGUCAUCUGUCAAAUGUCACCGCAGGGAGCUGGCGCUUUUAGACUUAAUGUUAUAGGGGAAAACGUGUAUAGCUUUUAGUUACUUAUUUAUUAGUUGGAAAUAUUGACAAGAAUGUGAGAAAAAUACAGUUAAAUGUAUUAAUAGUAGAAAAAAUAAGUAGCCUAUACUUAGUAGCACAGUUAUUAAAGUAUGUACUAGAAAUGUCCUGAUAUAUGGUGUGAUCGCUUCAUAGAAAAACUGGUUUUAAUUCUAGUAUGUAAGGUUUAUUAUCGUGUGAAUUUAGUGAAGAUAUAUCAUACUGCCUUCAAAUCAUCUAGCGUCUUAUACCACUAUAUAUAAAUAUAGUUAGUUUAUAUUCAGUCGUCUAAUCUAAACACAUGGGAGUAUGGGGCAAAUAGAUUUCUUUUAAGGUUUACAGGCAAGUCUUCUGUUCCUACUGAAAUAUGUAGUUAGUAUUUAGCCGGAAAUCGAACCAAAAACCGACUUCUAGUUAUUAGAGCUUUUCGUUGAUAUUUGUUGUUGAUACAUUUGUUAUAGUAUUGUGUCUAAUAUGCACAAAACUCAUUUAAAAAUUGCAAGUUAAUUGUAUGUUGUUAUAUAAAUAUCUGAUUGAAAAACAAAGUUUAUCAGUUGAAUUAUUUAAUUAUUUUUAUCGAAUUUAGUUAGCCUUCAUUUUUUUAUCUUUGAGAAUUGCAUGUUAUGUAAAUUUGUUAUUAAUUAAAUAUAGUAUAUUUUGACGCCCAAGACGGGAUUUGACAUUGGCCAUAAUCGUCGAAGGAAAUUAAUACUUUGCAUUGUAAAAUACACCUUAUUUGUAAUAAGGUGUAUUUACUAUGGACACUAUACAUUUUAAUUGAGGAUUUUGCUAAUUUUCUAUAAAUUAUAUAAAAAUUUAGUUACUUUUCUAAGUACAUAAAAAAGUGAUAGUACGGUAAUAUGGGGGAAGGAUGGUUGGUUUCUCCAACUUAAAGGGACGACUGUGAACUAGUCUAACCACUGACUGGCUCGAGCUCCUCAGGGCUAAGGCUGAGUAGUUGUAUAUAAAGGAUAUAGCGUUCAGAAUAACUUCGAUAUGACGUCAUCGCAGUGAUCAUAGAUCUCGCUAAUGCUAAUAAAGUUUAAUUUACUUUAUUGGAAGUAGAAUGGAAUGGAAGCACGAACCCACAUGAUUUCUAAAUUGUAUUUACUCAUAUAAAAUACCACAAGUAGUAUUUAAGGAUGCUUUUUAUUUAUGAUAACAAUCGUUUUUAUUUAUAAACCAAAAGGUUAAUGUGAACCCUCAUUCAUGAACAAUAAAAUUAAUUGGUAGAAAUACAAGUUGUUAAGAAAUGUUUUUUUUUGUUAUAAGUGUUAUAGAAGUGAAAAAUCACAAAAUAUUAUAUAAUACUCUCUAAAUUGAAUUUACUGUCCUUGCCUUGUAAUUGCUAGCGAAAGUAAAAAUACGAAUUUACUUAUUGAAUUUUCUAUGUACUGUAAAACUUGUCUGCCUUACUUUAGGGUAAAGUUCACUUCACACUAGUGUAAACUUUAACUCUCUUUGUCAUAAACGUAGAUUCUGACAUACGGAACUUCUCAUCAUCUUCGAAUCUGUGCUAAGUUAAAGUUUGAUAAACUUCAUAAUAUGUAACAGGUUUUAAUUGUAUCGACUGAGUAUUUAAUGUAGUGAAAAUAAAAGACUAUAACUAUUGCAAA